CGUAACGUGUGUGUGUGUGUAUGCUUUCACACUCCAAUACAUCUCAUUCACACACACUCAUUCAUACAUAGAGGUAAAAACAGAUUGAUGUGUUUCGGAGGUAGGAUGAAACUCACACUGACAAAGUUGACAAACAGGGUUGACCCGAGGACCCUGGAGCUGUGAGCAACACUACCUGUUACACCACCAUGACAGUCUAUAAAGUGCACUGAAGGAUAAAUGUAGUGGCUCAGUGGUUGAAGUUCUAUGAAAUAUAUCUGCAAGUGUAAAAUACAAGGAUGCAAGAGCCAUUGUUGAGCUUUUUGAAAGAAAAAGAAAAAAAAAGGUCAACCUACAGCUACACACUUCUAUGAAUGGAUCUGCAAAUGAACUGUAUGGAUGGUAUGAGGCAAAAUUGCAACUUGUACAUUUUCGAAACCCGUAUAUAACAAGUGUUCCAGCUAUAAUGCUCACUUCCAGUGGAGAUGUAGCACUACACAGUCUGCCAAGAUUUACAGUGCAGAUUAUAUAUUAAAUUAGGACACUGCAAUUGCUUUUUAUUGUGACUGUGUUUACACCAAUCAGGCAUAACAUUAUGUAUUCACUGUGACACCUUUCUAUCAAAACCAACAUUAACUUCUUCAGCAAUUUGAGCAACAGUAGUCCGUCUGUUGGAUCGGAUCACACGGGCCAGCCUUCACUACCCACGUGCAUCAGUGAGUCUUGCCUGCCCCUGACCCUGUCACCUGUUCACCACUGUUCCUUCCUUGGACCACUUUUGAUAGAUACUGACCACUGCAGACCGGGAACACCCCACAAGAGCUGCAGUUUUGGAGAUGCUCUGAUCCAGUCGUCUAGCCAUCACAAUUUGGCCCUGGUCAAACUCGCUCAAAUACUUAAGCUUGUCCAUUUGUCCUGCUUCUAACACAUCAACUUUGAGGACAGAAUAUUCACUUGCUGCCUAAUAUAUCCCACCCGCUAACAGGUGCAAUGAUGAGAUAAUCAGUGUUAUUCACUUCACCUCUCACUGCUCAUAAUGUUAUGCCUGAUCGGUGUAUAUAGCACCACUCCCCUGCUGUUUGAAAGUUUUCCUCCGCAGCAUUUGUUUAAACAGCUCCAUGUUCAGAAUAAAUCAGUGUAAGGUUAGCAUGCAUCAGAAAGUCUCUGAUUCUUAACAUACUAGAUUAAAAAAGUUGAUCAGUUUUACAUAAUUCUUGUCCUGCAUUUCAAAUUGUUCAUGACUUUAAAGAGUUCAAAUAAUUUCUACAGUCCUAGAAAACUAAGCUUUGGACCUAGCAGUUUAUUCCCUUUAUUAUUAAGAUUAAACACUUAUGCUAAAAAUGGCAUACUAUAUCACAAGUGGAUCUUCCCCAAACUGUUGGGAGUAGAACAUUAACUGUCUAAAAUGUCUUCGUAUGCUGUAGGUUUAAGAUUUCCCCAUCACUGGAACUUGAAGUGGAAGAGCUCGAGUGUCCUACACAGAUCCCUGACUUCAACCCCACUGAAUACCUUUGAAAUUAACUGGAACACUGACUGUACUCAAGACACACCUUGCCCACUAUUAGUGCCUGAGGGAUAAGGUGUUGGACAACUGACUGGAAGGUUGUGAGUUCAAACCCCAGGUCCACCAAGCUGCCACUACUGGGCCCUUGAGCAAGGCUCUUAACCCUCAGUUGCUCAGAUGUAUAAAAUGAGAUCAAAUGUAAAUAAGGGCAUCAUGACAGAAAUGUAAACGUGACCUCUUUAAUGCUCUUGUGGCUAAAUGAACACAAAUCCACACAGCCACGCUCCGACAUCUGGCCUUCCUGAUAGAUUUUAGUUUAAUAUAACAGCAAAGAGACAUUUGACCACACAUUUUGCCUUGCUAAAUUAUACCACUGUUUCUAAAUAUCUAUUUUUUCAUUACUAUUUUCUGUUAUGCUGUCGUCCUAAAAAAAACAAAUACAACAGAAAUCUGAUUAUAAUAGUAAGAAACGCUUCAAACUAUUAUAACUACAAAUCCCAACAUCCCAUUUCCAACUUCCGGUGUGUACUUCCUGGUUAAAGGGAAAAUAAAAGCCUCCAAUAAAAAUAUAAUGAAAUACCAUGGAAACGCGACGCUAUGUUGAAUUUACAUUGCGCUGUAUCAGCUGUGUCAAGGUUCAGGAAGUCAGUGUUUUAUUUUCUUCUAAAAUAAAGGUUGUAAAUCUAACCUUUUGAAUUACAAUUAUUUAAACAAUGCCUCCUAAAGCAGUAAAAGUGGUGGCUGAACUUUAUGUUAGAGCGGUGACCUGUCCUGGAGUGCACCUACCGGCGAAGGAUGACAUUUACCUCAGUGUGUGCCUGAUGAACCAGUACAGAAUGUCACAAUGUCUACCAGCUGUGUUCCCAUUACUGUUUAAGACGAAGAUGACGUUCGGCAAGAUAUUCAAGUACGCCAGUGAUCCUGCAGAUGUUGCUGAAAUGUUACAGUGUGAAACUGUUAAAGUUGAGCUCAUACAGCUGAUUCCUCCCGUUGGGGAAGUGUUGGCCACAUAUGAGGUCGAUGCUAGAAGUUUUCUUUUCCCAGAGCCUAAGCUGGUGCCUUCUUUUUCUGGAGGAGACCGUGAAGCGCUAAUGACAAGAGACCCUUCUUUCCCUGGUAUUUCUCCAAGAUUAGAGUUCUCCACCAGGACAAAAAUCAGCGAGUGUUCUGAGAGGGAUCUUUCCCAGAGUGUCCCUGUGAGAGUAAUAACACGGAAAAGAGCAAAGUUGUCCAAGCAUCAGGGCUGCUACUCUGCACAACGAGGUCUCAGGAGCACAGGGAUGCCGAGGUCCCGUUCCCUCUCCCCAUUCAGGAGCUCCGGUUCAAACUGGAACAAAACUGAAAUUGUAAAUAGACAUCUCGCUGAUGAUAACUCCUCAGAGACUGAUGAGCUCCUUGACAACACAGAGAAACCAUCCCAGUGCAAUCAUCUAUCGAGACAUGAGGGAUCUCCCAGCUCAGUUGCACUGAGUCGCUCCAAAACGGCCUGCCCGAAGCUGAACAGUUCUUUACUGUAUUCACCAAAUUCAUGGGAGGAGGUUCAGGAGCGAGUGCGCAGUCUCCUCAUCUCUCCCCAAGCCAUGCACAGACUGGCCUAUGGUGCAACCAAGUCUGAAAGAGAUGAGGUGUUGGAACGCAGGUCCAUAUCACAACCCUCGACUUUCUGAGAGCAAGGGUAAAAAUAGAUGUAAAAUACUAAAAUAUGGAUAUUUAUGAACAUGUUCACAAGAAUGCUUCAAUAUUAAAAUGAAAAUGAUUCAUUAUAUAAUAUUAUACAAUUAUAUUAUACACUCACCAAACCCUUUAUUAGGAACACUAUACUAAUACUGGUUAGAGCCUUCCUUUGCUCUCAAAACAGCCUCCUUUCUUCAUGGCAUGGAUUCUACAAGAUGUUGGAAACAUUCCUUUGAGAUUCUGGUCCAUGUUGACAUUCCUGCAGAUUUUUAGGUGCACUUUCAUGCUGUGAAUCUUCCGUUCUAUCACAUCCUAAAGGUGUUCUACUGGAUUCAGAUCUAAUGACUGGGAAGGCCAUUGAAGUACACUAAACCCAUUGUCAUGUUCAUGAAACUGUGUUGAAAAGACUUGUUGCUUUGUGACAUGAUGCAUUGCCAUGCUGGAAAUAGCCUUUUAAAGGUGGUAAAUUGUGGCCAUGAAGUGAUGCAACAAUACUCAAAUAGUCUGUGGCAUUCAAGUGAUAAUUGAUUGGAAUUAAUUGGACCAGUGUGUGACAAGAAAACAUCCCCCACACCAUUAUACCACCUCCACCAGCCUGCACUGAACUCAUCCUGUUGGUGCCAGAUUCUGACUCUACCAUCAGUAGAAAGACUCAUCAGGCCAGUCUGCAUUUUGAUAGUCUUUAAAUGGCCAGUUUUGGUGAGUCUGAGCCCACUGUAGCUUCAGCUUUCUGUUCUUGGCUGAUAGAAGUGGAACCUGACUUCUGUUGACCAAUGAGAUAAUCACAUGAAUAAAUAUGUGUACAGAUGUUCCUAAUAAAGUGCUCAGUGAGUGUAUAUAAUAUCAUGAUUUAAUAUCAUUUAUAUCUCAAAAAAAAUCUUCUCAGGAAGCUCUCUCUGAGUGAAAUGCUGCUGUUUUAUUUAAGGUGGAUACUUGAAACCUGAUUUUUUUCCACUCUUCUCUCUGAAGCAACCAAAGAUCUCUAAUACAUUACAGCACUAAAUUAAUUGCGUCACAUUUCAUUCAGGGGUGUGCACUUGUAUGUAUACAUGUGAGUACAUUCUAUUGUUCUUGAUUAAUAUGUGAUAAUGAAUCAUUAACACAUGCUGUUCUACUCAUUGUGACGGUUGAUUCAUUUCCCAGAUAAUAAUAAAAGUAUGAGAACAAAAUAAGAGGUCAUUGAGUUUGAGCUGAUUUCCCCUAAGG